AUGACCUUGAAUAGGAGGCUAACUAAUGUCUCCACAUUGUCCAACUUUCAGGCGCUUUACAAGAAGACAUUUGGACAUAAGUUUAGAGAUGCAUUGGACGCCACGGCAACGAAAUUACAACCCAUUUUCAAACAUAUAUUCCCCAAUUUUAUUGCGGUACAUUACUGUUAUAUUAUAAUGGUGACUUUACUUUCCUCAAUCUUGAUGUAUCCGGUCAGGAACGCCAAAUAUAUUGAUAUUUUAUUCUUAUCUGCUGGUGCAACUACGCAAGGCGGUUUGAACACCAUUAAUGCAAAUGAUUUGGUUUUAUACCAACAAAUAAUAAUUUAUAUUACCUGUUGUUUGUCCACACCUAUAGCUAUCCAUGGCUGCUUGGCAUUUGUCAGGUUAUAUUGGUUUGAACGGUUUUUUGAUAAUAUUAAGGAAAAGUCUAAGCUAGAUUUCAAGAGGAGGAGAACUCAAACUUUAAUACAGAGAGACCUCACAGCACAAAUGAAUUCAAGAAACGCAUCGUCGCAGUUAUCUGCAGCUGAGGGAAAGUUUAAGAGAGUGAGAAAGCCAUUGCAUUUUAUAAAUAAGGGAGCCAAGAGAUUAGACCCAAGAAAUUAUACCCCGAACGAUUAUGAAGACUUUCAAGAUAAAUUGUUUAGUGGGAAAUUAUUGCAUAGAAGAGAAACUGAUUUUUCAAAUAUUCAAAGAAUGAAACAAAAUCAAAAUCAGGGUCAAAAUCAGGAUCAAAAUCAGGAUCAAAAUCAAUAUAUUGAUAAAUCGACAAGUUCAUCGUCAUCAUCAUCAUCAUCGGUGGGACAAUCUGACGAAUCAUCUAUUGUUUCCAGCGAAUUUCAACAGGAACCAGCAUCACCAAGAGAAAGAUUUGUGGGAAGGAGAAAGUCAUCAGAUAUUAGACCAGAUGACAUUUAUAGAUCAAUAAUAUUGAUGCGGAAUCAACAAGAACUUGAAGAAGAUCGAGAAAAUGAUGAGCAAUCUGCUACCCUUCCCCCUCGUAAUGAACAAGACAACACAGUGGGUGAAAGAGACUCAUUGCAGGCAACGAGCAACAAUUCUGAAGAAAAUAUCAAGCCUGUACGAGGUGAACCCACAAUCCAAUUUGAUAUUGUUAAACCACCAAGAAGAAACCUACCAAGCAAAGGAAUCUCUAAAAAUCUGUACGUUAAUCAUCCUAAAGAGAGAGUUUCACAAUUUCCAGGAGUGUCCUCCAAAAGACUCCGGAGAAACAAGGAGUACACACCAUUAAGGCUCCGCCAGCAUCUAUUAAGUAAAAGACGUCAAAUUAAAAAAACGUCACGAAAGAACUUUUCACUGACACCACGAGGUCAAACCAUAAACUUUCAACCAUUCGGGAAUGAAGGACUGACAACUUCAUUUAUCCUACGUAAACAAUUUACGGAAGAUGCCAGUCGCGGUGGCACUGUCACUGAUUCAACAACAUCAAAUACCCCAGCUCCUUUCAAUCCUGAGAAUCCUAACGAAGUAAAUAAAACAUUAGCGUCAGCCCCACACCCGUUGAGCAACACUUUUGAUGAAGACGGUGAUUUAGGUACAUUAGAUACCUCCAUGACGGAUAAUGAAGACUAUUCACUCCAUUUCGACGAAUCUGCAUUUGAAUCACCCAUAGCUGAUAGACCGCUCUCCAGGACGAUGACAACAAAUUAUUUAUCUUGGGAACCCACAUUGGGUCGUAAUUCAACAUUUUAUGGAUUAACAAAGAAACAAAAGGAGGAAUUGGGUGGUGUGGAAUAUCGAGCCAUAAAAUUACUUUGCACCAUAUUAGUAAUAUAUUAUUUGGGAUUCCAUAUCAUGUUCUUUGUUAUGUUAGUUCCCUGGAUAUGUCUCAAGAACCAUUACGGAGCUCUUGUAAGACGUGACGGUGUUGCACCAGCAUGGUGGGGUUUCUUUAUGGCGAUGACUGCAUUCAAUAAUUUUGGACUUUCAUUAACUCCAGAUUCCAUGAUCUCCUUUAAUGAAGCAAUAUACCCAUUGUUGUUAAUGAUGUUCUUUAUGGUGAUUGGUAAUACGGGGUUCCCCAUCAUGUUAAGGUUUAUCAUAUGGGUUUUAUUCCACUUGUCGAGAGAUCUAUCCUCUUUAAAAGAGAGCCUUGGGUUUCUAUUAGAUCAUCCUCGUCGAUGUUUUACAUUGCUAUUUCCCAGUCCGGCCACAUGGUGGCUUGUAUUAACAUUAGUGGUACUUAAUGGGGCAGAUAUAAUAUUAUUCAUCAUAUUAGAUUUUGGUAAUGAGAUUUUGAAACCUUUAUCACAUGGAUUUCGAUUCCUUGUUGGAUCAUUCCAGUCCUUCAGUACUAGAACAACUGGUCUUUCUGUGGUGGAUUUGAGUAAAUUGCAUCCUUCCAUUCAGGUCUCCUAUAUGUUAAUGAUGUAUGUAUCAGUGUUGCCCCUAGCAAUUUCCAUUAGAAGAACGAACGUUUACGAGGAACAAUCUUUGGGGGUAUAUUCAAGUAGAGAUAAUACCGAUGCAGAUGAGGCUGAGAAUGUAGAUGCACAUGACGAUGAUGAUGAAGAUAGGGAAGAGGUUGGUGGUGGUAGUACUAGCAGUUCCAAAGACGAGGAAUCGUCCAUCGGUGAAGAACCGAAACCAAUCAAACGUCCUACAAAGAAGAAGGAGACCACUAGAUCAUUCAUUGGUGAUCAUUUAAGGAAACAAUUGUCGUUUGACUUAUGGUUCUUGUUUCUCGGUCUAUUCAUCAUUUGUCUUUGUGAGAGUGGUAAAAUUCAAGACACCAAUGAACCAGACAUCAAUGUAUUCUCGGUCUUAUUCGAGAUCGUAAGUGCCUACGGUACAGUAGGAGUUUCACUGGGGUACCCUAACACAACCACGUCGUUAUCUGCGCAGUUCACUACGUUAUCUAAGCUUGUCAUCAUCCUGAUGCUAAUACGAGGCCGCCAUAGAGGGCUUCCUUACUCCCUGGAUCGGGCAAUUAUCUUGCCGAGCCAGAGAUUGGAACACAUUGACCACAUUGAAGAUCUCAAGUUGAAGAGAAGAAUGCACCGAGCAGAUACAACAGACCCUGUCACAGGCCAACUCCGGCAAACAGUGCACAGACUCAAGAAGAACAUCCACCUCCUCGGGGAGACACUGUGGAAGCGCAAGAGCGAGAGCAGCAGCACAGGGGAUCAAUGA